CAUUUGGAUGCCCUUAUUCUCAUCUCAAUAUGAACAAAGACACUGCUCUGCAAGACAGAUUAGAUCCUCCGAGGAAUCUAAGCGACAAUGUCGUAGACUUGUUACGCAAGAAUACCGAUAUGGGUGGGACGAUCGAAGCAUUGAGAAGGUGUCCCACGCCUGGUUGCGACGGUAGCGGACACAUCGAUGGACGAUAUUCUGUCCAUCAUAGAGUUUCGGGAUGCCCUUUAGCUCAGAGUCAAGCGGAUAUUGCUAACGGAGAUAAGGAUGAUAGUCGAGAUUCCGAUUAUACUAAGUCUUCCAUAAGACUUAAUUCUGGGAGGGGGAGGAAAAGGUAAGAACAAUAAAAACAGAAUAUGUGA